AUGUCAGUGCAGCGUGCAGCGUCAUUCGUCUCGGUGAAGAGUAGGCGAAGGAUACUUCUUUGCCAGGAUACGUUUCGCGAGGAGACGGCGUAACGACGUACGCUCAAAUUGCCAAUCGCCCCGCACGAUACGUCCAUCAAUUGUCGCUCGCCCUCGGGCGCAGCGUUGCGGAAUACCACCGAGUGGCAACUAGUGGUCGGGAUGUCCGACAAGGAAUUCGGUUUGUUCGGUUGAGCGUGAGUGCACCUGGAGCUCAACACAUGGUGCAUCAAGCUGUAGCGCCAAAUGAAUGACAAUUGGGGAAAGAAUCGACAGAAAAAUAUGGCCGUCCUGAGGGUGACUUUCGCGCUACUGGGAGCGACGGCUUACAUAUUUCACGGAGAUCCAUCCGGUUCCGGAGUUGGUGCCAUAGCUGGAACCAGCCCGCAGAACGCGGUGGGGGAUAUCCAGAAGUUGACUCACUCUACGGAGAAGACGUACUUUCCAGACGUUUCGCCAAAAAACGUGACAGCAAUCGCGGGUCAGUCUGUCGUGUUGCGUUGUCAAGUCAAGCAUCCUGGCGAACGGACGGUGUCCUGGAUGCGCAAGCGGGAUCUCCACAUUCUGACUUCCUCGAUCUUCACCUACACCACUGACCAGAGGUUCGCCGUUAUUCAUCCGGAGGCCUCAGAUGAUUGGGACCUUGAAAUAGAAUAUGUUCAGCAGAGAGAUGCCGGGAUUUACGAGUGCCAGGUGAACACUGAGCCGAAGAUUCACUUGGCCAUUAUGCUCAACGUUCAAGACGCUCAAGCCAAGAUUUGGGGUCCCGAGGAAGUUUACGUUAAGAAGGGAAGCACCAUCAGCUUGACGUGUACCGUCAACGUUCAGGCCGCCCCACCAAGCAGCGUCUUGUGGUAUCAUGCCGGUGUCGUGAUUGACUUUGACGGCCCUAGGGGUGGAGUAUCCUUGGUUACGGAGAAGUCGGAGGCCGGUACAACGAGUAAACUGCUGGUUACCAAGGCCGAGCUGAGUGACAGCGGGAACUAUUCGUGCGUGCCGAAGAACGCAGCUUCCGCAAGCGUCGUCGUCCACGUUCUGAACGGUGAGCAUCCGGCCGCCAUGCAGCACGGUGGGGGCUGCGGAAUUACGCCGAAACUUCUCCUCGCCUUGCUCACCCCCUUCGUUGGGAAUAUGCUGAGAUGAGCGAUCCGGGGGUAAACCGACCGUAAUUCUCGCCGUCAGCUCGAUUGAAACCAAUUGAAAUCCAAUCGACCUGAACUGAAGCUACGUGACUCGGGUGUGUACAGUGUACCAAAGUGUAUAUUCAAAUGAUUGUGAUUAACGGCAAAUUGCACGGAAGGUGUCCGCCACCGUGAUUUAGGAGGUUCGCGUGGCGGUGACUUAGCGAUGCUAAUGAAAGCCUACUAAACUGUAACGAACCCGCAGAUCGGACAGUGAUAAAAAAAGAGAGAGAGAAGAGAUAAAGAAACUCUUCAUUGUUUACCGGUAAUCAAAAGUGCGCGUGAAUCCGAGGAACGAUGGAGAUUAGUAAUUACACAGGUAUUGUAAUUUGCACGCGAUCCAGUGAAAUAUUAUACAUAGUUAUAUGUAUGUAUAUCAACGAUCAACGGAAGAGUCCGUUUUAAAUCGAAUUUUUUCAUUUUAUUUCAUCUUUAUUUAUCCUUGUUAUUCCCAGUGUAAAAUUUAUA